CCGCAAAAUCUCAAGCUUGAUGAUCGGGAACAGCGAGUGAGAGCUCCACGCAGCCCAUGACAACAACCAUACGACUGCCGCGAAGAUGAUGCGCCAACCCAUUACAAGUCUGGCGAGGGCUUUUCUCUCUCGUCCAACCAUCCAGCCCGCCCGCGUCGUGGUCCAGGCGCUGUCGCAAAGGACGUUCUCCUCUCUCCUCUCACUGCGUCCCUCAAUCACCCCACUCACUUCCGCCUUCCGUCGCCCGAAUGCUACGCCCUUCACGCCCUCGACGGUCGAUGCCGCCGACAUUGUUCCAACGAGCGCCAUCACGGAGCACCCUGCCCUGGGCGCCAUGCAGAUCCGCUGCGGUCCCCGUAACACGAUGAACCGGAACACCCGUUUGAUUCAAAAAAGGAGACAUGGCUUCCUUUCGCGCAUGAACAGCAAGGACGGCCGCAAGAUUAUUGCACGAAGACGGGCGAAGGGACGCAAGAAGUUGGGUGUUUGAGUGGAUGAUGUUCGGGGAGGGUAGCGACAACGAACAAGACUCAUGGAGGAUAGCGAGGACGAAACAAUGAGCGGUUCGCCUUGUUCCAGGAUUGGGCUUUGAGCAAGCCGGAGGCGGUGAACGUUCUUCGGUUUGAAUGACUGGGUCGGGUAUAGUCAGAAGACUCCAGCAUCAGGACCUCCAGAGAGACAUUGUUCAACAUGUAUCAAUAUGAAGUCAAAUGUACAACAUCUCAAUCGC